AUGGCUGGGCUGCCCCGCAGGAUUAUCAAGGAAACCCAGUGUUUGCUGGCAGAACCAGUUCCUGGCAUUAAAGCAGAACCAGAUGAGAGCAACGCCCGUUAUUUUCAUGUGGUCAUUGCUGGCCCCCAGGAUUCCCCCUUUGAGGGAGGGACUUUUAAGCUUGAACUAUUCCUACCAGAAGAAUACUCGAUGGCAGCCCCUAAAGUACGUUUCAUGACCAAAAUUUAUCAUCCUAAUGUAGACAAGUUGGGAAGAAUAUGUUUAGAUAUUUUGAAAGAUAAGUGGUCCCCAGCACUGCAGAUCCGCACAGUUCUGCUAUCGAUCCAGGCUUUGUUAAGUGCUCCCAAUCCAGAUGAUCCAUUAGCAAAUGAUGUAGCGGAGCAGUGGAAGACCAACGAAGCCCAAGCCAUAGAAACAGCUAGAGCAUGGACUAGGCUAUAUGCCAUGAAUAAUAUAUAAAAUUGAUCUGAUCAUCAAGGGUGCAUCACUUCUCCUGUUCUGCCAAGACUUCUUCCUUUUUUGUUUGCAUUUAAUGGACACAGUCUUAGAAACAUUACAGAAUAAAAGCCCAGACAUCUUCAGUCCUUUGGUGAUUAAAUGCACAUUAGCAGAUCUA